AUGAAUAAUAAUUUGCAUUAUGAAGAAUUCAAAGAAGAUAACUACAUUAAAGCUUGGAUUAGACAAUCCGAAAAUCCUGAGCUUUAUAAAGAUUGGAAUGAUAUAGAAGAUACCUGUAGCAGUAAUGAGCUCACAAAAGUUGUUGGAUUUAAUAAUUUUAAUAGUAACCUAAUAAAUGUUAUAAUGAAUGAACAUGCGAAUAAUACCUUAAAUAAAAAGAAAAAAAGAAAAGCAUAUAGUUUAUUUUAUAGUAAUGAACAUAAUCAAGAAAAUUUUUCUUUUUAUAAAGAUGAUAUUUAUAAUAACAAUUUUGACCAUAAUAAUUAUAAUAUUGAUAAUUGGACCAAUAAAAAUUUCAUGAACAUAAACAAUAAUGCUAACUUAAUCAGUGGAAAACAUAAUCGUCAUAGUAUAACUUCAUCUUUUGAUGGUAAUGAUACGAAAUGCUUUACUGGGUUAGAUAACACACCAGCAUCUAAUAUAUUUGAUAAAUCUGAACAUGACCACAACACAUCAAAAAAAAUCAAAAGAGAAAAUGUAUGUACUGAAAAUAAUGAUGAUACCUUAUUUAAUAAUUUUAUGAAUUCAUCACCUUUUUUUAAAAUUAAAAAAUUAAAAAAAAUAAGUCGUGAAAGUGCAAGUACUAGUGAAUUUUUUAAUAAUUAUCUUGAAACACCAACUAAAGUUUUAAAUUCAAAUCAAAAUUAUUAUGAUUUAGAAAGUAAAAAAGGAACUUGCACAAACACAACAAAAGAAAAUACAUCUGAAGAAUAUGUUUCUUCUAAUAAUAGUGCAAGUAAACGAACCAUUAAUUAUUCAAAUAAAACGGACGAUUUUAAUGAUUAUAGAUUUAGCUCAGAACAUGAUUAUUUAUCUUCUUCUGAAUAUGUUGAUGAAGAAGACCCAUCUAGGUGCUUAAACAAAAGGCAAAGCGAAGUUAAUUUCUUAGGGCAAAAAUUGGAUUACAAAAUAGUUGAAGAACCUAUAAAUUUCUCGAAAAAACAUCCACGAUAUAGCAUGAUAUGA